ACGAAUCGGGACCACGGUGCAUUGCCCCUCUCUCUGUGCAACCGCCGGGCCGGCCCCGCGCCCCGGCAAGUGUGCCAUUGGCGUGGCUUAUAGGUAGGAUCGAUGGCUGCGUCACAGGUCGAGAGAUGUGCCCGUGGGGGGGUGGGUUACCUUCAUCGUCUGUCUAUGUUGGCAUCUUUUUGCAGUCUCUCACCACUCAGCCAGCCUCUACCUUUUUCGAGUUAAAGUUAACACACACAAAGCGCCAACAUGUCCAACCGGCACCUCUUCUCCUCACUCGAGGGACUCGUGCCCAAGGCCCUGCGUGGCAUCGUGGCCAGCAACCCGCGCCUCAACCUCGACGAGGCCAACAGGGUGGUGUUCGAUCCGGCGUCGCCUCGGUCGACGGUCAGCAUCAUCAGCGGCGGCGGGUCGGGCCACGAGCCAGCGUGGGCGGGCUACGUGGGCUCCAACAUGCUCGCCGCCUCCGUGGCAGGCGAUGUCUUUGCGUCGCCGAGCACCAAGCAGAUCCUGGCCGCCGUCGAUGCCGUGCCCUCAGACAAGGGCACGCUGCUGGUCAUCACCAACUACACGGGCGACUGCCUCCACUUCGGGCUGGCCGCCGAGAAGACCAAGGCGAAGGGCAGGGCCUGCCGCAUGCUGAUCUGCGGCGACGACGUGUCCAUCGGGAAGAAGAGCGGCUCGCUCGUCGGCCGGCGCGGGCUGGCUGGGCAGAUCGGCGUGCUCAAGAUCCUCGGCGCCGCGGCUGCGCAGGGGGCAUCGCUGGACGCGCUCUACGACCUCGGCACCGCCGUCAACAGCCAGAUCGUCAGCAUCGCCGCCACGCUCGACCACUGCCACGUCCCCGGCCGGACCGAGCACGGCGCGCUGGACGCCGACGAGAUCGAGAUCGGAACGGGCCCGCACAACGAGCCGGGAUACCGGAAGCUGUCGCCCGCACCCACCGCGCAGGAACUCGUGCGGCAAGUCCUGAAGUACUGCCUGGACGAGACCGAUCCGGAGCGGGGCUACGUGCACUUCCAGCCCGGCGACGAGACGGCGCUGCUGGUCAGCAACUUCGGCGGCAUGUCCAACCUCGAGCUGGGCGGUCUCGUCGACGAGCUGCUCACGCAACUUCACACAGACUGGCACAUCGAACCGGUGCGUGUCUACGCCGGCUGCCUCGAGACGUCGCUCAACGCCCCGGCCUUCUCUGUCUCGGUCAUCAACCUCUCCGGCGUCGCGGCGGCCAACGCCAACGCCAGCAGCAGCGCGUACUCGCUGGAGCAGAUCAAGGAGUUCCUCGACCUCCGGACAGACACCGCGUGGGAAGCCGUGGCCGGGUGCCAGAAGACCUCCUCCUCCCCGGGCGAGCGGCGCCGCCCUCGAGCGGACCAGAUCGUUCGACCUCUUCCUUCUGAGGGGAAGAAGGUUGUCCUGAACGACGACGACGAUGGCAACACCCACGACACGAGAGACCUCCGCGUCGACCCGGCGCUGCUGGAGGCCAUGUUGCGCGAGGCAUGCGCCGCGCUGGUGCGUGAGGAGCCGGACCUGACCAGGUGGGACACCGCCAUGGGCGACGGCGACUGCGGCCUGACGCUCAAGACCGGCGCAGACGCGCUCCGGGACGCCGUCGACCGCAGGCGCGUAGCCGCCCGCGGUUCGGUGGUCGAAGUGCUGGCCGAAGUAGAAGACAUUCUUGAGAGCAGGAUGGGCGGCACCCUGGGCGGCAUCCUGGGCAUCUUCUUCGUGGCCCUGCGCACCGCGGUCGAGGCGAACUGCAGUCGGACAGCAGCAGCAGCACAAGGGGGAGGAGGAGGAGGAGGAGGAAGAGCGGGAUCAUCAUUAUUAUUAUCGGUGUGGGCCAAGUCGCUGGCCACGGCGUUGCAGCACCUGGCGCAGUACACGCCUGCCAAAGUGGGCGACCGCACCGUCAUGGACACGCUGAUUCCCUUUGCCGAGGCCAUGCGCGCGACUCAGAGCUUUGACGACGCGGUUGCAGCUGCGGUCCGGGGCGCCGAGGCGACGAAGACGAUGAAGCCGAGACUGGGAAGAGCGACAUAUGUCGGCACCGGUGUGGAAAGCAAUAAAGAGCUCCCUCCGGACCCUGGCGCCUGGGGUGCUAUGGUUGUCAUCAGGGCUCUGCAGACGGCCAUGCAGGGAUCAGCACCCUCAACGCGAACAACGCGAGUAGACUCGAAGUUUGGGCUUCGCGAGGAAGAUCUGGGAGAUCUGAAGGGCAUUGCUUCUGUCUGAUGAACUCUCGACAAUCCGUUAAUUCUUUCGAUGUCCUUUUUUUCCACAUCUCAGCUAGACCCGC